AUGACUGCAUUCAAGUCGUCUUCUGAUAAAAAACGAGAAGAACGAAAUUCAACACGAAUUAUUAAUGCACGCUAUGCAUUUGCAAGCAAAAUUAACGGAAUUUCAGAUGAAAAACUUAUUUAUUUGGAUGAAACUGGAUUUAAUGUGCACACUAACAACACAUAUGGUUAUUCGCUAAUAGGUGCGCCAGCAACUUUACAGUCGCCUGCAAAUCGUGGUAAGAAUGUUAGUUUAGUUUGUGCUGUUUCAACAACGGGAGUGCUUGCUUAUGAAAUUAAAACUGGAGGCUGGAAUGCAGAUUCAUUUUGUACUUUCAUAACUACAAUGAUGGCACCAGCGAUUAGGAAUGCCAAGGUCAUAAUGGAAUAUCAUCACAAGUCUGGGUAUCAAAAAGCUAAAGACCGUGAAGAUAAAAAGAAACGUGAGAAAGCGGUCAUUUUAAUAACUGUUAAAAUAACUGAGCUUUUUCCUACGAUUAGUGUCAAUGUCAAUAGAGAAGACCCACCAUCGAAUUCACCUUUACCAUGUGUUGGUCAGUGUGGUUUGCCUGGUCAAUUUGGUCAUGAAUUUGAACGUGAUAACAGUGCUGCAGCUGUAUGCAUUCAAUCUAUCUCUCACUCUGAAUCUGAUGAUAUGGUUGACGCGGAGACACUUUCUCAGAAACCAGAAGCACAAGCUGGUUCCAAAGGUGAUGACAGUUCCUUUUCCACUGACAUUGGGCAAUGGUCUGAAGUGGAAAUCAAUGAUACAUUCUGUAACUUUUGGGUAACUCGUGGAAGUGAAUGUUGUCAACAUUCAAAUGCUGACUUCACUAGUUCAAUGCAAAUUGAUGGAAAACAGAAGCGCUACUGCUCACAGAAUCUCUUUUAUCGUGUUCAUUCUCGCAAUGGUGAGAAAGUCCCAAAGUCAUGGUUGUGUUAUUCACCAGCAACAUCUCGCGUUUACUGCUUUGUAUGUAAAUUAUUUUCUGCUGAAGAUAAUUCAUUCUCAAGGAAUGGUUUUUGUGAUUGGAAAAAUGCAGAUUCACGAAUACAGUCACAUGAAAACAGCAUUGCACAUAGAAAUGCAACAAUCACAUUCAGCCAAAGAGUACAAGUCAGAGGAUUUGUAGAUUCAGCAAUAGUUGAGCAAUACAGACAGGAAUGUGCAUAUGCAAAAUCUGUGCUAGAAAGAGUUGUCUCAGUUAUCAAAUUCCUUGCUGAAAGAGGACUCGCAUUUAGAGGACAUACUGAAAUAUUGGGGUCAAGUUCUAAUGGCAAUUUUUUGGGAAUUUUGGAGUUGAUUGCUCAGUUUGAUCCAUUCCUCUCCAGUCAUAUUGACAACCAUGGUGGUAAGGGGAAAGGCUCUGUUUCAUACCUGUCAUCAACAAUUUGUAAUGAGUUAAUUGUUGUCAUGGGAAAGCAAGUUAUGAAAACAAUAUUGUCUGAAAUACGUGGAGCAAAAUUUUAUUCGAUUUCUGUUGACUCUACUACAGACAUAUCUCAUGUUGAUAGGCUGUCAUGUGUCUUUCGAUAUGUUUUGAACGAUGGCCCUAUAGAAAAGUUUGUUCAAUUUUUAAGCAUGAAAGGACAUGGGGCAGAAGAUUUGUUUAACAAUUUAUACAGCUUUCUGGAAGAAGCAAAGUUUGAUAUAAAAUAUUGCCGAGGUCAGUCCUACGAUAAUGCUAGCAAUAUAGCAGGAAAAUAUUCAGGGUUACAGGCACGCAUUCGAGAGAAGAACCCAUUGGCUGAAUAUGUGCCAUGUUUUGCACACUCCCUUAAUUUAGUCGGUGCAUCAGCUGUAAACUGCGUGACAACAGUGAGUGGAUUUUUUGAUUUUGUACAAAACUUGUAUGUCUUUUUAAAUGCAUCAACCCAACGGUGGGAGCUUCUAACCAAAGGAUUGGAUAGUAACCAGUUAGUUCUCAAACGCCUUUCUGAUACUCGAUGGUCAGCACAUUCUGCAGCAACUAAAGCAUUGAGCAAAGGCUUUAAAAAUGUUAAGACAGUGUUAGAGAACAUUGCUGAGGACCCCGAGGAGAAGGUUGAAGCUCGCACUACAGCUGCAGGAAUUGCAAAGAAGAUGGAUCAGUUAGAAUAUGGAAUUUUAUUAGAACUCUGGACACCCAUAUUAGAUCGCUUUCAUAAGACCAGUUUAAAACUGCAAAGUCCACAACUUGAUCUAAAUGAGGCUGUUCAACUGUUAACUUCACUAAAAGAAUAUGUAAAUUCACUUCGAGCACAGUUUGAUUUCUUUGAGAAGAAAGUAAAGGAAAUAACAGGGUCAACUUCUUAUAAAGAAGAGAAUCAGAGGAAACGAAAGCGAAGUGUUCAAUUAACCCGUCAUGAUGGAUCAGCUGAUGAAACAGUGUUUUCGGCACAACAGAAAUUUCGAGUCAUGGUUUUCUUGCCAGUACUUGAUCACUUGAGGUCAGCAUUAUGUAAACGAUCAGAGGCAUACAGUGGUGUAUGUGAUAAGUUUGGUUUUCUGAGAAACAUUCGAUCACUGGAACAGUCUGAUUUGCGAAGAGCCAGUAGAAACUUGAUAAAUACUUAUGUAGAUGAUUUGGAAGAGUUAUUUGAAGAUGAAAUACUUCACUUCAAAGAAUAUUUGUUAGCUGAUACGUACUUGCAUCAGAAUGAGAAAGAACUGAAAUGUAGCAUAGAGCUGUAUAUGUAUCGGGCUUUGAGAAACAGCAGUGCACUACAAGAUAUAUUUCCAAAUGUUGCCACAGCACUUCACAUAUACCUCAGUUUGAUGAUCACCAACUGCAGUGAUGAAAGAUCAUUCUCUGCAUUGAAACUGAUAAAAAACUAUCUGCAAAGUGCUUUGGGUGAUGACAAACUGAGUUCCCUUACUGUUAUGUGUACUGAAUCUGACAUCCUAAGAAGCUGUGACUUCAAUGAAAUUUUAUCAGACUUUGUGUUUUGA